AUGAACUGCUUACGCCAUCACCGUUACGAUUGUGGGAUCUGUCAUGGGGAUUCACCCAGAGUUUCCAACUGCAAUAUCAAUUUACUAUCGCUGGAUGAGAUUGUGCAAGUUAUGCAGAAAGUAGUAAAUGACACGGUCUGUACUGCGCUGCAAUGGAUAUUGAGUGAUGUCACUGGAGAAUAUUUCUAUCCGGAUCCGAAAAUUGUACCCGAUACGAAAGAGGACUAUCCCGACUUUCUUAGCUUUGAUGCUAUAUAUAAGGAGAAGUGUAUUAAUUGGGUUAAUAUACAGGACUUUUCGGUGAACGAAAUAUUCCAGCAAGUACGCGAUUAUAUAUAUCUAUGGAAUUUAUCGGAAUGUACGAAAUUUACGCUCGCCAUCAAUGACAAAGCCACUAUUGUACCAAAUAAAGGUUCGAGAUAUUUUCUAGAUGCUACGUUUUCGAAACCCUCACCAGCUUGCCCCAACCCCUUAGCCGUGGCUAAUGUACAUUUCACCGCUAUUGUACCAGCACACCUGCCAAAACAUUUUCCCGUUAAAGUAAUGUACCGUUUUGAGGGUUAUCGUCGACAAUAUCAUACGCAUGGUCGGCAUGAAGUGCGCAGCAAGGAUUUUCAGCGAUACUUUAUCGAUUCAAUACUGCAAACAAAGUUAAUAUUCUAUUCGAAAAUAUUCGAAUGUCGUCAUCCACAUGUGAAAUUGAACAAAAGUCCACUAUUAGCUGAAGAAGCAGAGGAGGAAGAUGAUACUAAAGGCUUUGACAGUAAUAAAUCUGAUGAUGAUGAAGACAUAUUACGAAAGGAACAGACAGAUGUGUUAAGCUUGAUUAGCACGCUUUUGAAGAAGUGAGCAAAAACUGUGUACAUGAUGAAUGUAUGUAUAAGAGUAUGGAAAAACUCAGUCUGUCGAUUUUGUUCUUUGAUAUGUAUGUAG